AUGUAUUACUUAUAUGAUCUGCGCAAACAAGGAGUAUUGUUCUCAGACUUCUCCUUAGACUGGCUUCCAGAAUGUCCUCCAGACUUCAUGAAGCGACCACGAGAACCAUCUGAGAAGGCAAAACAGGAGAAGAAAGCAAAACUGGGAGAAUCCUCUGGAUCAAGACCUCCAGUACCUCUGACUGGAUCCUUUGGUAAGUCUGUCUCUCUCCCUCCUUCUGUACAAGUUAAGCCUAUUGCUUCCUCAAUCCCUCAACCAACGCCCAUAUACACCAACUCAGAAACUCCUCCCUCAACCACCAGACCAUCUAACCAACCCUCUCAAAAAUUCAACCUGGCCACCACAUCUCUACCCAUUUCGGAAGCAAAAAUGCUAAACGAGACAACCUCACCCUCCUCUUCUUCUUCUCCAGAAUCACCACCCUACUAUAACCUUUCAUCAGACACUGAACCAUCUGACCCUCACUCCCCAACUCUGGCUCAGCUCCAAACACGUGCUCUGGCCUUUCAACAACCAACACAAUCCAUUCCGGAACCAGAAGUUACCUCUUCACCCACAGACGACCUAAACACAACCACAUCUGACCCUCCACCAUCCGAACCAAUUCACGCUGAAACACAACCACACAACUCUGAAAUACCCCCACCAAAUACAUCCGUUGAACCACAAACUCCCACACUUAACCUAAGCCUUCCCACUUCUCCACCCCAAGCCUCUGAACCUGAAAACACCCUCCUAACCCUUGAGGAAGCAAUAAAGGUGUUUGCAUAG